CAGUAAGCAAAACAAUACAAGUUGUCACCACACUUGGCAGCCAACCUCAACCACUUUGUAUUGCACAAUGCAUACAAUAGUUUAGCCUUGAGUGUAGACUCUACUAUACACACCUUCCACAAGCUCAGCAUUGUCUAGCUCUGAGUCAGUGCAUGUGCACAAGCCUUGAGGGCUUGUUUGAUAUACUGUAGCUGUACUAGAUCUAACCAUAUCUAUUAUUGUGGUUUAGCUUUAAGUGCAAGGUUUACACAGCAGACAUAAAAGGAAAGUUAUACUAUAGUCUAAGUAAGAGUGUAUGAAGCAGAGGCCUAUAGUAAUAGCUAGCUAAGUCUAUAAUCUCACAAUGGAUCUCAUGCCACUGAAGGUGGUUGUUCUUCUAUCAGUAUUGGGACAUUGCUUAUCUCAAAAAGGUGACUGUUACUACUACUUUGUAAGACAACCGAGUCUCGGUGCAUCAUGCAAUCCCUGGCCUUUACUGAACAAUACCACCACACUUCCUCUUCACUGCCACAUUCUAGCACCCAAGAACGAUCAUCUGCCUAAUGUUAAGUGGUAUAAAAACGGACUUGUCGAUGAAGGCACUAUAAUGCGAGUUUAUCCGGGAGGCCCUGAUCCAAAAUAUUCUAAUCCUGUUUCCAGUGGCGAUCUGAUAGACUUUAAGUUUGUUAACUUCUCACUCAUAAUCCACAAUGUUAGUAAUAGUGAUAUGGGUUGUUACUGGUGUGAGAUCAGCGUCAAUGAUGGGGAAAAGUGUGCUUUCAAUAUUCAACCCAGUAGUCAGUUUUGUCUUCUGGAAGGGGCUCAGUAUACUGGAAUGUCCAAUUGCCAUAGUUUCCCAAUGAAUGAAGAAAUGGUGUGUGUAGCCAAUACAAUUUGUGGAUCCACUGUGCAGACAUCUAUUAGUUCUUCAGAACUGAUGGAAUCAGGACAAACAUUAUCGACAUCCAGUUCUAGUGAAACCGUCUUCAUUUCUACAAAGCAAUCAAUGAUUGACACUUAUCAAGUAGAAACUAACACUGUUGCAGUUGAAAGCACACCAGUAUCACUUUUUUCAAACACUCCUUUAUCACAACAAAACUCAUUCGUACUAAAUUCUGGACCAAUGAUGAAUUCUGUGUCUAACGGUAUGCAUUUGAGCAGUCAACCAUUGAACGUGGUUCCUAUUGGAUCAAUGCAAUCAACGAAAACACCACUAUCUCAGCAGGAGCUCCGAGUUGGUCUCUAUGUGGGUGUCGGGGUGUGCUGUCUGUUGCUAGUGGUAAUCCUGGUACUACUGGCAGCUGUGAUAGUUUUGUGUAAGGUUCCAAGAGCCAAAAAACGAGAGAAAGAGUCAGUCGUUGCUAGCAACAUAAGCUCCCAACCUCUCAACAAUCCCGUGUGGAGUAAGUCUAAUUCAGGCUUGGCUGCAAUGUCUGUUAUCAACGAAAGUAGUAUACACCUCAUCACGGACUCACCCAUAUCGUCGACUCAAUUAUCACCACUAUCACAGUCGAUAACGGCAAGGCCGAAACAGGAGUGUACUGGUGUAGUGGCCUCAGCCUCAGGGCACUCUGACUCUCUCUCCAGCCUAACAAUUGCUACAAGUAUGGAGCAGAGGGAAGCAGUUAUUAAGGGUGUUUGUGAGCAUCACAGACUCUCGCUGACCAAUGAAUUUGAUGAGCAGCGUCACAAUGACAUAGGUGCACACUCUAGCGAACGCUCAGACUCACCUGACUCUCACUACUACCAUGUCUUAGAGUGUCCUGGUUACAGUGACGCAGAAGGUCGAGAGUUCCUACUGCGGAAUUGGAAAGAAGGUGACACUUCUACCGCCAAAUCACAAAGCAGCUAUGGUACACCCAACACAGAUGUAGAGCUAACCAAUCAAAUUACUCUACCCUGCAUGAUCGAAGUAGAGGAUAAAGACGGCUACCACUGGAGAAUAGUACCACCUACUGGCAAGAAAGAGGGGUCGUCAUCACCACAGAAGAGGAAACAUCAGUACACUAAACUAGAUUCCACUAAAAUGGAACCAAGAAGAGAAUAUGCUCGAGUCAGUGUCAAACGAAUUGCAAGUCCGGAAUUUCUUGAGAGAGAACAAUAACCAAGAGUACUCUUGAUAUAUAAAACUGAUCACCACUAAUUUUAAGGCCAGUGUUCGUCAAUGUCUUGUUUUCUGGUUUGGAAAUCACCUUACCACUAGUGAGGGAGGGAGGUUAUCAUUAUUCAUUGUGACAUCACUUCCUGUAAAACCCCAUUUCCUGUUAAUUAAAAUAACCACACUGGAUAUACAAUAAAACCACAAAUAUGAAAAAGGAAAUCUUACCUAAUCUAUGCUGCAAUCUAUGCUAUUUAUCAUGUGACACACCCACAAGUAGGUGUGGCUAAUGAAAAUAAUGGAGUGAUGUCAUAAUAAUGAGUUUUUUGAUGAGGCAGUGAAAUUUGAGGAGGGAGGUAACCAGAAACAAGACAUUGAUUAACAUUGGCCUAAUUUUAAAUUUCAGAGACCUAGUCUCGCGCACCAUCCCUGAAUGUUUUCUAUUUUAACGCUAGGUCGACAACAUUUGGUACAUAGGAGGUCGCCCUCAA